GCGCAGCGGUAGAUAAGCGGCAGCAGCGAGCUGGCGUGGAGGAGAGUCUGUAAGAGGAGCUCGGCGGCGAGGUGGGCGCUGUGCCCUCCGUAGUGGCCCGCUAAGCGGUGCAGAAGCCCUGGCUGCAGCUUCUGCAGGCUCGUCAAGCUGCCCUGGACCUUCUCGGGUCGAGCUUGCUCUGUGUAACCAAGUUAUGCCAGAAUGAUCCAAGUGUUGGACCCAAGACCUCUUUCCAGUUCCAUCAUGCCUGUAGAUGUGGCCAUGAGAAUCUGUCUGGCUCAUUCUCCACCUGUGAAGAGCUUUCUCAGUCCACUUGAUGAAUACCGGAGAAGAAACUUUGUGGACCGAUUUAAGCCUCUUAGACCAUGCCUCCAUGUGAAACGUGAGACUGAGUCUCAAAGCCGUGACUGGAAACGCUCCGCUGGCCAAACCAAAAAGAGAGUGGUCUUUGCAGAUUCUAAAGGUCUCUCUUUGACUGCAAUCCACGUCUUCUCUGAAUUCCAGGAGAACCCAGCAUGGGAUCUUCAGUUUGAUUUGUUACAUCUUGAAGACAUAACAGCUGGCUUAAAACUGCACGAGGAAAAGAAUUUGAUUCUGGGUUUUACUCAGCCGUCAGCUGAUUACUUAGACUUCCGGAACCGCUUGCAGAAAAAUUUUGUCUGUCUUGAAAACUGCACCCUCCAAGAAAGAGCUGUGUCAGGGACCGUGAAAGUAAAAAAUGUGAGUUUUGAGAAAAAGGUGCAGGUGCGGAUCACCUACAACUCAUGGAAGACUUAUUCCGACAUCGAUUGCGUCUACAUGAACAACGUGUAUGGAGACUCUGACAAUGAUACCUUUUCUUUUGCUCUUGACUUGCCUCCAGCCAUUCCUACUGAAGAGAAGAUUGAAUUUUGCAUCUAUUACCAAAGUGGAGAGCGUGACUUCUGGGACAAUAAUGAUGGGCAGAACUACAAGAUUGUCCAUGCAGAAUGGAAGUCUGAUGGUGUCCAAGUGCCAGCAUCACCCAAGAAAGACUGUAUGACACUCAAGUCUUCAAAGAAAGUGCAGGAAAUAGGCUGUGACCAUUUCGGCAGCCCUCGGAUAUCUAAUGGCCUUUUCCCUGAAUGGCAAAGCUGGGGCAGGGUAGGAAACUCGUCUCCAUACUGGUGAAGGAAAUAAGCUACAGUGUUAUCUGCUGUCAGCAGUGGAACAUUAACUGGUAUUCUAGAAGAAUUUGCUGAUGGCUGAAAAAACAAACCUGACUUGUUACAACCAUGAAAAAAAAAUCAACUAGCUCCAUCAAAGAUAGACUUGAGAGAGAAUGCAAAUUCAAUGGCACUGCCGCCUCAUGUAGGAAGGGACUGGUUUGUGCAUGUAUAUGACUCUCUUUUUGAUCUUCACUUGCCUUAAUGAAAGGGGCUUAUUAGGAAGUAACAAAAUGUGUGCGGUGGCAUUUUUGUAAGGGUCCAAUUGUGUGGGGGGAUGUUGAGUACAGAACCACAAAAGCAAAGAUUGUACCUGUUAUAUAGACAUAUUGCAGGUUGUGAGAGAUGCUGAACUGCCAACCCUGGGCCUAAAUCAGGUCUGGACAAAUCUUGAUAGUAACACAAUUCAUAGUUUUAGGAUUGUGGGAUAGGAGUAUCUCUCUUUCAGUGGGAGUAAAGGGAAGAGAAAGAUGGGGAAAAGGUGUUAUCGAGAACAGUGAAGGAAAGAGGGAUCUGGUGUCUAAAAUCCAUGGAAGACUUCAGGGACAUGCGAGAAGCGAGAAGAAAAUGCCAAUGAAGAACUUCAGUCCUUCUGCUCCAAGUACUUUUCACAAAAAUGGUGGAGUGAAAAAGGGUUGCCAGUUCUUAGUCACCAGCAAGACAGGCAGAACUUUGAUAGGUGCAGCUUUCCCCAUAUAUGGAAAGGCUAUGCAUGUUACAUUUGGAGAGAGGAGGGGAAAGAAGGCAGGAGGCAGUAUGAGUUCAGAAUGGUGCUGAGGGACUAGGCCUCUCCAUAGUCAUAGUCUCGGUUGUAGAAAGCCAUCUUGCUAAACACUGGGCUUGUUCUGCUUUCAUUAACCCUUGUGAAACCACAGUUCACAAGAAAUACACACAGGCUAUGCUUUAGAGAAAAUACCAUAGUUGUCCCAAGAUUACACAAAGAAUUUAGUUAUAACAGACAGGCUGACUCUUGUGUGAAAUGCCUUAAAUUGUAGAUAUUGUUGACUGGUCUAUUGUUUGUUUGUUUUUUUGCCUUGUAAAAGUUUCUCUACUUCCUUUCUAUCUUGCUCACUGUUGCAGAGAUUUUAGUAAUACUUGCUCUUCUACAGAAUAGCUCUUCACAACUGUGAAAUAAACUUAAGCAAAUGAAGUCCUUCAUAUUGAAGGGAUGAUAAUGUAGCUGUACUUCUCAAGCUAAUCAGUUUAAAAGAACUAUGCACCUUGCACAUAAAUAGAAAUAGAUUUUAAUCAUGUUCAUACCUCAUUUUCUCCACAGCUUUUACAGCUGCCGAUAGUUUUGUGCGUGACUUCAUAACUGUAUUAAUCUUUUCCAAAAAAGAUCACAUUUGUAAUUAAUAGCACAAGACUUUGGACACAGACCGCAUUGGACAAAACAAAAUGGGAGUGCACACACAUCGCUAUGUUCACUUACCUGUUUUGUAGUGGUGGUGUUUGUCUAUGGAACAUGUAAAUCACAGUGUUUGCCAUGCCAAUACUGAGAUGGAAUUUGCAUUGUAAAAAAAGGGAAAAGCCUCUUCCACUUUUUAAAAAAUGUAUCUCACUACUGUGUGUUCUUUUUUAAAAACAAAUAAAUCGUGUUUUUUGAUAA